UAGUUUUAGGCUAAAGUGGCUUUUAUAUUUCAUCCUCUCUAAAACUUCUAAAAAGUUUUUCGGCAUGUUUGAAUGGUAUGGCUCAACAAGUUUGGCUGAAAGUUGACAAGGCUUGUUCCAGUCGCGAAAUAAACUCAAAUUCUUGUAAGAGUGAAGAGGAGAACUCAGAAGAGACCAAUCUGGAGAUUGUCAGCCCUGAGAGCUACAUCAAACACCCCCUACAGAACAGAUGGUCUUUAUGGUUCUUCAAAAAUGACAAGAGCAAAACAUGGCAGGCCAACCUCAGACUGAUCUCCAAAUUUGACACAGUAGAGGAUUUUUGGGCGCUUUACAACCACAUUCAGCUCUCCAGUAAUUUGAUGUCGGGAUGUGACUACUCUCUUUUCAAGGAUGGUAUUGAGCCCAUGUGGGAGGAUGAGAGGAAUAAAAGAGGAGGCCGCUGGCUCAUCACUCUCAACAAGCAGCAGAGGAAGUAUGACCUGGACCGCUUUUGGUUGGAAACUCUGCUGUGCCUCAUCGGUGAGGCCUUUGACGACUACAGCGACGAUGUGUGCGGGGCUGUGGUCAAUAUUCGAACGAAAGGAGAUAAAAUCGCCGUCUGGACAACUGAUUAUGAGAACAGAGAUGCUAUAACGCACAUAGGGAGGGUGUACAAGGAACGGUUAGGCAUCCCUAUGAAUAUGACCAUUGGCUACCAGUCUCAUGCUGACACGGCCACUAAGAGUGGCUCCACUACUAAGAACAAGUUUGUGGUUUGAAUAUCUUCAAGGGCCUGAAUCUUCUCUCUCUCUUCUCUCUGUUCUGUCUCUUUCUCUGCCUCUUAAAACCAAAGCAACAAAAACAUACUGGACUCAAACUGCCAUGAAACCCCUGCAAGUACACUUUUUUUUUUUUUUUUUUUUUCUCCUCCAAAAGCCCUUCACAAACACACUCCUGGACUUCUACUUGUACAAAUGAUGAGGAUUGCAGCACAGGCAAAGUUUGAAAAUAACAGUGUUGUUUGUUACAUUCACAGACAUUUAAUAAGUAUUACUUCUGUGCCAUGCUACACUACACAUGUUCCCACCAAACAUUAACACAUCACUACAAAAUUUCCCUAAGAAAAAAAUGAAUACGCAAGUCACAUUCAAUGUUUACCCCUGGCAAGUCUUGUUCAGAGUUAUUUAAGUAUUUAAUAUUUUUUUUAAAGAAAUUGUCAAUUUAUUUAAUGGCAGAGGAAAAGGAAAUGUCUGUGUUCUUUUAUCUAGCAGCUUUGCUGCUUCAGUGCCUAAUGAACAUAAACAUUUUAAUUUAUUCAGAUUAAUCCUCUACAGUUCAUUGAGAUGGUAUUUGGCCAUUGAGUGUAUGUAAUCAAGCUAAUCUACAUAGAUCUGCCGCCUUUAAGCAUUAACAUGAUUAAAUUUGGGGGUUUGCAAUUCAAGAUAAGUGUUUUUUUAUAUUGUGAAUUUUCGAUGCAAUCAUAAGUUUACAUUCCUUGUUAGAACAGUAAACUGUGGGACUUUUUUGCAAUGCUGUAACAGAAUUGUGCUUGUCUGGAUGUCAUUGGCUUGAUUUGGCUCUUCAAAAUGAUAGCAGCAUGAUCAAAUAGGCCCUGAAAAUAAAAUAGAUUCAUGUCGA